AUCCCAUGAGGUCAUCAAUGUCACCCUCGGCACCACUCUGGCUGCUACCACCAAGCUUGUGAUGCCUACACCUGCCAAACCCAUUCUUCCCGUUCAGACUGGAGUCCAGGCACAGCAAGAGGAGCAAUCCAGUGGCAUGACCAUUUUUUUUAGUCUUCUUGUAUUAGGUGAAUGAUGAACUGAAAGUUUUUUUUAUUCACUCUUAAGCAUGCUUUACAUAGGAGGAUAUAGGCUGACUUUAAAAAUCAUGCUGUUCUGUUUCUCCUCCGGUUUUCUGUCAGUGAAAUGGAGUAUUGUACAGGCACAGGGAUUUAGAAGAGUUGGGUAUAUAUAUACCUUUGACUAACUGACCUGCCCAAACCCAUGGAAAACUGAGAACCACUGCAGACCUUUUCACAUUGAUCUCAAAGUGCAAACAAUGUUUAAUUGGCUUCACAUUCCUAAUCAAGUGUGUGGUUUGUGUUAAUCUGUGGGCAUGAUGCUGUCAGAAUGCUUCAUGAUGCUUGGAUCUGUCUUUGAAGAGAGAUUUCAAUUUUGAUUACUUCUAGACUGUGCUCAGACACUUUGUUACAUAAGGCAAUAUCAUACUGUGGGAUUUACAUGCUCAUGUGCUAAAGUCAGCAUCUAUUUCUUCUGUCUCCUAGGUUUCUAACAUUCUUACAAGUGCAUGGUUGCCUGCAGAUUGCCAUAAUUAUGUUAACGUUGUUACACACCUUUUUUAUAUACACACACACACACACACACACACAGGCAUUCUGAAUGGCAGGUGCACACCCAACUUUUCUGUAAGCCUAGGCUGUCAUCUUUCAUUUCCUUAGUAGAACGCAGCUGUCCUACAGUCUGCUUCGAGCAGUGUUGUAGUCAAAACUGUAACAAUAACGGAACUUUCACACUUUCACAGACAGUUAAGUUUCUGUUUUCUUUUGUGUGUAUGUAUACUUGGUUUUUCCUAAGUAAAGCUAUGCUGAGAGAGCCCUUUCUUUGGGCUCUUCAAAGUCUUCAAAGUGAUCACUCUUUCUUGUAGCAAGAGGGGAAAAAAAAGAAAACGGCUGCGGAGUUGAUAGCAAUGCAAAAACUUCUUAAAAUAGUUUUGGGGAAUAAAAAAAUAAAUACUUUUUUGUUUCUUUCCCCUACAAAUUACUGUUACUAAAUGCAGCAAAAAAAAAAAAAAAAAAAAAGCAUCUACCCAUUUCUAAAAUAUCUGUUUUCAGGGAGGGUUAAUGUUUUCCCUAUGGUCAAUGGCAUAUAAGAAUUUGAAUAAAAACAAAAGUAAAGCCAAAGCAAAAUGCAGUAGAUCCAAAAACUUGCAAGGUUAAAAUAAAAUUUCUGAAUAUGUGCACCUCAUAGAUUUUAAAAGGGUCAUUUGUAAUAAAAUUUUAUUCCUAGGACUUAUGAACAGAGCUGUGAUUUUUUUGACUGUCUUUCACCCUGUUUAUGCCUAUGUGAUAGCUUGAUGAAUCUUGAAAGCUUCACCCUCAGGAUAGAUGAAUUGCCUGAACAAAAUAGAAAACUGUAUGAAAGCUUAUUGUUUAUAGCUUUUCCCAUUCAUAAUCUCUCAUCUAAGAGUGUAGGAAGGAUGAAAAUAAAUGUACAAUACUGUUACCUCUGGAUGUCAUGAGCAGUAAAAAAGCUUUUAAAAUGUUCUGAAGUGGAGUAGACUCAGAAGCAGAUCUAUUCAAAGCUGUGUAGUAAUAGUAGUAAUAAUAAUAAAUAAUAAUAUAACACUAAUGUAAGCAGUAAUAGUUUAUAUCUCAGGUUACUGCUGAAAUAUUUGUUAAUGAUUAGAAUAAAAUACGCGUAUUGCAGAUGUGCAGGCCAGAUGGAAUUUCUUUGUCAGAUUUUCUUGAACUUGAUUAAAACAGGAGAAGAAUUGUGCUGGUUUCAACAUGUGGGAGACUUUAUUUCCUAUGGAUGAAAUACAUUACCAUACUACAGAACUGAAUGUUGAAUAAGUAGCUGUCUCAUCAGAUUAAAAUUUUCAGUUUUUAACUACAAGUCAAUGUUUUUUUUCUAUUUUUAUAUACUGGCCCUUGCUAUACUGGAGUAACUUUUAGCAGUGCCCACUGGUAAAUAUCUCUGCUGUUUUGGAUAAGAACUUGGAUGAUCUCUGUACUGAGAGGUAUUUAAGCAGUUACCCAUAUUGCCACCUCAUAGCCCUACUAUUCAUGAGCAAUAGAGAAUAUAGAACCAGACUUUUGUGUCCAAAACGUCAAAAAGCAGCCAUGAAACUGUUGUAGAAUUGGAACUUGCAUCCAGAGGAGAUAGAACAUCUUUGCUUUGGAAGGCUUCCCUACUUGGCCGAACAACACCCUAGAUAACGUACUUGAUUUUUAAAUUAUCACUGUUUUGAGUAGGCUGGACUAGAUUACCUUGUGAUAUCUCUUCCAGUGUAAAUUUUUCUAAUAUUUUGAUUAUCUAUUUGAGUAAAGUCCAUCUCCUUAAAGAGAGUCAGAUGUGGAAAUGUGUAGCUUUGAAAUUUUGAUCGGGGUUAUUGUAGUGGAAAUGCUGAGUCAUGGCCUGAAGCAGCGAUGGAGCACCUGGUGGGAAGGCAGGGCCAACCCAGGGAAGCUCAGGUGCAUGCAUUGUACCUGAGUGAUGGAAGGGCUGGAGCCAGGAUCCACCCCUUCCCAGACCUCAUUUAAAGGUUGGCAGUGGAGGCGAGGGCAUCUCUUGUCAGAGAUCCUUGCCUACCUGGGGCCUUCCAAAGCUAUCUGCAUCAUAUUGGUGCAUUUACUGAUAAAAUACCGACUUCAUUUUUUACCAGAAAGUGUAGCUGUUGUUUCUUUAGGUAUCAUUAUGGGAGCUUUUAUAAAAAUCAUAGAGGCCCAGAAGCUGGCCAACUGGAAGGAAGAAGAAAUGUUUCGUCCAAAUAUGUUUUUUCUGCUUUUGCUUCCACCUAUUAUUUUUGAAUCUGGAUAUUCACUGCACAAGGGCAAUUUUUUUCAAAACAUAGGCUCCAUCACACUAUUUUCUGUAUUUGGCACAGCAAUAUCAGCUUUCAUAGUAGGUGGAGGAAUUUAUUUCCUGGGCCAGGCUGAUGUAAUUUAUAAACUCAACAUGACAGACAGUUUUGCGUUUGGCUCCUUAAUAUCCGCAGUUGAUCCUGUGGCUACCAUUGCCAUUUUCAAUGCCCUCAAUGUGGAUCCUGUACUUAACAUGUUGGUUUUUGGAGAAAGCAUUCUCAAUGAUGCAGUCUCUAUCGUCUUGACCAACACUGCAGAAGGUUUGACAAGAGAAAAUAUGUCAGAUGUAAGUGGAUGGCAAACUUUUCUACAGGCGCUGGGAUACUUUCUUAAGAUGUUCUUUGGCUCUGCAGCACUUGGAACACUUACUGGCCUUAUUUCCGCAUUAGUGCUAAAGCACAUUGAUUUAAGAAAGACACCCUCUCUAGAGUUUGGAAUGAUGAUUAUCUUUGCUUACCUUCCUUAUGGACUUGCAGAAGGUAUCUCACUCUCAGGUAUCAUGGCAAUCCUAUUCUCUGGCAUCGUGAUGUCCCACUAUACACACCAUAACCUCUCCCCUGUUACACAGAUAUUAAUGCAGCAGACAUUGAGAACGGUUGCUUUCAUGUGUGAAACGUGUGUUUUUGCAUUUCUUGGCCUGUCGAUUUUUAGUUUUCCUCACAAGUUUGAGAUGUCCUUCGUCAUCUGGUGCAUAGUACUUGUUCUGUUUGGUAGAGCAGUGAAUAUUUUCCCCCUUUCCUACCUACUCAACUUUUUCCGUGAUCAUAAAAUCACACCUAAAAUGAUGUUUAUCAUGUGGUUUAGUGGUUUACGUGGUGCAAUUCCAUAUGCACUCAGCCUCCAUUUGGGCUUGGAACCAAUAGAGAAGCGUCAGCUCAUUGGGACAACUACAAUCAUCAUAGUGCUGUUCACAGUUUUGCUGCUGGGAGGAGGAACUAUGCCCCUUAUCAGACUGAUUGACAUUGAAGACUCUAAAGCACGCAAGAGGAACAAAAAGGACGUUAACCUUAGCAAGACGGAGAAAAUGGGAAAUACCAUAGAAUCUGAGCAUUUAUCAGAGCUCACAGAGGAGGAAUAUGAAGCCCAGUACAUAAAACGCCAAGACCUCAAAGGGUUUAUGUGGCUUGAUGCUAAAUAUUUGAAUCCUUUCUUCACCAGAAGACUCACACAAGAAGACUUGCAUCAUGGGCGCAUACAGAUGAAAACUCUGACAAACAAAUGGUAUGAAGAGGUACGGCAAGGACCCUCGGGCUCUGAAGAUGAUGAGCAAGAGCUGCUCUAGCAGACCGAGGGAGGAGCACAGGGAGUUUAUCAUUAGACUUUAGAAAGUGAAUUUAAGUAUUAAGAGCGUAACUGCACAAAAGCUUCUGAUUUUGGGCAUAUCUUGUUCUAUAUGUUUAAACAUCAAAAAGCGGAUCUACUCUGCUUGGUAUUACUAGCCAAUGACUGAGGCCCUUAAGUGUCAGACUCUGGACUGAAUGAAGAACUUUUUGGAUUUUACAUCACAGCAAAUUUAAUGCAGCCUAUGAAAAAACUGGAAACAUCUGCCAUGAAAUAAUAACGUUGUUUAAUGUGGGUCCUAUUAUAAAGCCUGCUGUGAGUGUUUGAAGUACAGAGCCAUCGUAUGACUGCAAAAUAGGAUGAGUUGCAGCUUGUUUUUUUUUCUUUUAAAAUAUGUACCGAUUCACAUGGAGAGGCUUGACAGUUUAAGCUAUGUGUUUGUUUCAGCACUAGUAAGGGAAUCUGGCUGGAAUAAAUUCAUGAUUUAUAAGACUUACAGGAUCAAAGAAUGAUUUGGGUUCGAAGAGACCUUAGAGAUCAUCCAGUUCCAACCUCCCCUGCCUCGGGGGCAUAGAAGGCCACAGACUUGCACAUUUUGAAUCCAGAGAAGAUCAUUACCUUGACAAAUAGCAGAUGCUGUACACAAAGAAGAAUUAGUACCUCUGUAUUUCUGUCAUAUAAAAUUGUCUUGGUAUCUA